GUGUAUCUAUGAUGAAAAUUACAGGCCUCUCUCAUCUUUUUAAGUGGGAGAACUUGCACAAUUGGUGGCUGACUAAAUACUUUUUUGCCCCACUGUAUUUCAAAGUUAAGCUGUCAUUUAGUCACUAGAUUGGUUAAGACAAUAAAAUGUGUUUGUAACCUUAAAAAAUGAAACACAACUCUACAACAAAAAAACACUUCCAGAUCUUUUUAUUCAUUUUUUUCGCUCAAUAAAAUUGCCAGAGAGCACAGAUAUGAGGGCUUGUGUGGAUAAAAUGCCAGGGACCAAUUCUUGUCCCAGUCCGCCCUUGAGUACAAUGCACAUUCAAUUGUUUUAGAGAUGAGUGCUGAGUAGCUGGGGAACAGUAUGAGGGGAGGAUAUGAAUGAUAAAUUGUAACUAUCGUUUCAGUAUUGUGUAUUUGGAUUCAAGAAGCACCUCGUACUUUUCUUGUUCUUUUUUAGAAAACAGCUCCAAAAGCUAUGAUGAAUGCAUUAGGAAAUGUGUAAAUUGUCUUUUAAUUACUUUAAUUACUCUGCCUGAGUAAAAUGCACAUCAUUACUUUGUUUACAAAAUGAGAAAUUCUGUGAGUUCAUGAUAUACUCAUUUGUUUUCCUAAUCAUGUUUUUCAGAGUCCAUCUGAGGAAAGAAUGUAACCAGUAUUUGACUUACAAAAAGUACAUAUGUACAGUGCAUUCGGAAUGUAUUCAGACCCCUUGACCUUUUCCACAUUUUGUUACGUUACAGCCUUAUUCUAAAAUGGAUUGAACCGUUUUUUUUUCACCUAUUAACGUACACACAAUACCCAAUAAUGACAAAGCAAAAACAGGUUUUUAGAAAUGUUUGCAAAUGUAAUAAAAUAAACAAAAUGGAAAUACCAGAUUUACAUAAGUAUCCAAACCCUUUACUCAGUACUUUGUUGAAGCACCUUUGGCAACAAUUGCAGCCUCGAGUCUUCUUGGGUAUGAUGCUACAAGCUUGGCACACCUGUUUUUGGGGAGUUUCUCCCAUUCUUCUCUGCAGAUCCUCUCAAGCGAUGUCAGGUUGGAUGGGGAGCGUCACUACACAGCUAUUUUCAGGUCUCUCCAGAGAUGUUAGAUCGGGUUCAAGUCUUUGCUCUGGCUGGGCCACUCAAGGACAUUCAGAGACUUGUCCCGAAGCCACUCCUGCGUUUUCUUGGCUGUGUGUUUAGGGUCAUUGUCCUGUUGGAAGGUGAACCUUUGCCCCAGUCAGAGGUCCUGAGUGCUCUGGAGCAGGUUUUCAUCAAGGAUCUCUCUGUAGUUUGCUUCGUUCAUCAUUCUCUCAAUCUUGACUAGUCUCCCAGUCCCUGCUGCUGAAAAACAUCCCCACAGUAUGAUGCUGCCACCACCAUGCUUCACCAUAGGGAUGGUGCCACGUUUCCUCCAGUGACACUUGGCAUUCAGGCCAAAGAGUUCAAUCUUGGUUUCAUCAGACCAAAGAAUCUUGUUUCUCAUGAUCUGAGAGUCCUCUAGGUGCCUUUUGGCAAACUCCAAGCGAGCUGUUGUGCCUUUUACUGAGGAGUGGCUGAGGAGUGGCCACUCUACCAUAAAGGCCUGAUUGGUAGAGUGUUGCAGAGAUGGUUGUCCUUCUGGAAGGUUCUCCCAUUUCCACAGAGGAACUCUGGAGCUUUGUCAGAGUGACCAUCUGGUUCUUGGUCACCUCCUUGACCAAGGCCCUUCUCCCCCGAUAGCUCCCGUUUUUGCAGGGCAGCUCUAGAAAGAGUUUUGGUGGUUCCAAACUUCUUCCAUUUAAGAAUCACUGUUUUCUUGCUGCAGCAAUGUUUUGGUACCCUUGGUUUUUGACCUGCAGUGUCAACUGUUGGACCUUAUAUAGACAGGUGUGUGCUAUUUCAAAUCAUGUCCAAUCAAUUGCAUUUACCACAGGUGGACUCCAAUCAAGUUGUAGAAACAUCUCAAUGAUGAUGAAUGGAAACAGGAUGCACCUGAGCUCAAUUUCGAGUCUCAUAGCAAAGGGUCUGAAUACUUAUGUAAAUAAUACGUUUUUUACCUGUUUUUGCUUUGUCAUUAUGGGGUAUUGUGGGUAGAUUGAUAAAGGAAAAAAAAUAUUUCAUCCAUUUUAGAAUAAUGCUGUAACAUAACAAAAUGUGGAAAAAGGGAAAGGGUCUGAAUACUUUCAGAAUGCACUGUAUGUGGAUGUUCAUUGAAGGCUCAUCCAUGAUAAAAGAGACAGUGGACCAAAUAAAAGCACACCACAUUGAAUGAUGGAUAUUGCGUGACAUCCUGGCUCUAUUGUGUUUGUGUCGUGUUCAGGAUAUUUGUAGGGCAUGCAUAUCUGAUGGCCAACAGAGGAAAUCUAUGUAAUCAUGCUUGUGAUGUAUGCAAUAUAUUUUUUUCACAAGUACAUAAAAAAAUACACAUAUACACAUCAAUUGCUUUAUCUUUUCACACGUCAGUGCUAAACUUGUAAUCAGAAUGGCCUUAUGGUAAUUUCGCCCUCUGAUAGUCAUGUAUAGCUACCGAGUUCACUUUCCCCUCAUCCUACCUUAUCUUAAUCUAUUACACACUCCACCUAUCCUCCAAAAAGAACCCUUAUGGUUAUAUGGUUCACCUUAAAAAGUUACGGCUGUUUAAACUGUUUACAUUUCCCAUUUCCUGUCCAUAUCUUAUCACAAUAUCAUAUCACAGGAGGAGAAGAGGUGAAAGUGUCUCCAUACAACACUGCACAUGCUAGCAAUCAUUUUGUUCUGCAGUGCUCCUGAAUGGUACACCUGAGAUGGCGGAGGCAGUGAGGAGAAUGAGCUGCCUUUGUGUGACACCAGUGAAUUAUUCACGACUAACCAUGCCGGCUGAAUCCGGAUCCCUUUAUGGGCAUCUGGAGCCUAUGCUAUCAGAUGGCCAAAUAGUGUCUAUGUCACAGAGGACACCGGUCAAAUGGCUCCCUGCAGGACACACCUCCCUGAGAUCAUCGCAUCGCUGCCGGCCCAGCUCUUUGUUAUGACUCUGGCCUCGGUCAAGCGUGUCGUUAUCGGCAACACAAAUUACAAUUUGACAGCUUAACUGCAGUGACUGAGUGACAGGACUCAAGGGUGACAGAGAUGUAUGUAUUGUAUGUCAACGCAGUCUAUAAAUAUGGAUGAUUUUGUCAGAUUCAUACAGUCAACAUUCCUUUUUGGCAUUGAGGCUCUGUCUUACAGUACGUGUUCAUAACGGUGUGUGAUAGAAAUUACCAUACAGUCAUUGUUUUUAGAAGUCUGUGCUUUAAUGUAUAGUUCAUUUCUAUAAGAACAUGAUCCCUGGCCUCUUUUCCUGUUGUAGCUGAGCCAAAACCAAUGUGUUGUAUAGUGUGUUGUAUAGUGUGUUGUAUAGUGAAAGAUAUUUCACCUUUAGUUUUGCCUGUGCAAACAACUGUAUCCUGGUCAUGAUGUCCUUAAAUGUGACCAAUCAGCCUUUCCCACGCCUUAGUCAAACCAUGUUUUCAGCAGACAGCAGCCUGUCAUGUGUUUGAACUGGAUCAUUAUUUUCUUGUUGACAUAGGUCUGAAAUAGAGACAUUUGAUCCAGGCCACUCCUACAAAUACAGUCAUGUAAACAUUAGGCUCAACAUCACUAUAGUCUGAAUCUGUGUUUAACCUUGUGGUGAUAUAGUUUCCAAAUUGUUCAAACACUUAAUUAAAUAACUCAGUAAACAAAAUAAUAAACCCAUCUUGUGAUGAGUCAAUAAAUGUAAAUAUGUACACUGGAACUAUCUAAGUAUGACUGUUCUCUACGACAUAGUGAAGGCCAGAGCAAACAUGAUCACCUGUUGCAGGUGGAAUGUGACCGCUGCCCCGCCCCAGCAGCGAGAGAUGUAAAUAGUGUUGGUAUCAGUUUACAAGUUGUCCAGAGAGAAGAGAGAGAACAGACACAGUCAUCAGACCUCUGCAGCCUGCAGGUUACCAGCUACCAUUGGCUAAGAUGCACUGAAAAGAAAUACCCAGACAAAAAGGUUGUUCACCUUGGCAACUCCUCCGUUUAGUCAUGCCCAUAGCAGAUCUGCUGGGUGUCCAGUUCGACAUGCAACUGCUGGGGAAGCUGACGUGUUCCGUGGCCGCUGUUCUGCUUAUCUCCUGGGCUUACAGGUUCUACAGCUCCAGGGGUACAGCAGCUAAACCCCAGCUCUAUGUGAGGCCUCCUCCAGACAGGCCCACUGAAGCACCCAUUGGAACCUGUCUGAACUGCAAGAUGGAACUGCGACCUCCAAGCACAGCCAAACAUGACACCAGAAGUGAUGGGGACAAACGGCCUGGCCACUCACAGAGUGAUGACCUGACACCUGACAAGACCAAUACAGGGACAGGGGAAGGAGAAGUGACCCAGAUUGAAGAAGCAGGCAAGUUCACAAACACUAAGGAAAUGGCUGCAUUGCAAGAGGAAUCAAAUGUAGAGGAGGACAACAGCUUGGAGUUGGAGGAAGAUAUCCCCGUGUUUGUUGAGGAGGCUGAGAUUAAGACCAAUAAUUGUAUGUUUGGAUCCAUCUUGAAACUCCCUGAUCCUAAUGACAGUGGGCUGGCCAGCCCAUCGGGCCGUCGAUCCCCUUGCUUUCUGCAGAGGCUGGAGGGCAGUGUGGGGCUGGGGGUCGGCAGAGAGCUGAGGCAGGACCUGGGGCUCCAGGGGGCCUACUCCAGCUUUCUCUCCAAGGCAGAGAUCACAGUGGAGGAUGCCAACCUUGUGAUGGAAGGACCUGGGGACCAGAGCAUUGUGCGGGGAAAGAUCUAUGAAUACUUUGUGGAAUCUUCCUCGCACUCUAUCACAGACUCCAUAUUGGGUCAGUUUAAGGGGAAUUCACUGGACUCACAGUCUGUGAAAUUUGGAUGCCGUGGCAGCAGCCUCACUGAGCCUCCCUCGUCCCUAAGCCCCAUCAUCAUGCGUGAUCUGGUUUUGCCGCAGAGUCCUGUUGAGAGGCCGUUCUCCCCAGUUAGUCCGGGGCCCACAUCUCCCAUCAAGCCGGGUCUCAUACGCAAGGAGAGCUACCUCACAGCGGCUGAACAUUCAGAACUCCUGAUCACCUCUCUGAUACCCAGAGCCUCGACCCAGCUGAGGCCCCACUCUCAGGCCUAUUCAUCAGGGGAUCCCAGCCCUGUCAGUCCCCUCAGUCCCACCACAGACACCAGGGGCCCCAGUGCAUGGGAGAAGCCCAGCCUAGAAACCAUAGCUGGGGCUAGAUUUGUAAAUCUGCCUCCAGAAAACAUGGGCAGCUCAGAGUUGGAGAGCUUAAAGGCCAAACUUGAUUUGGGCAACUGCAUGGAGGUGCUGGAGCUGUCUAAGAAGCAUGGGCAGGCCCCUCUGCAGCAGGCAGCCCUCAGAGUGAUGUCUGACAACUACCUCCAGGUCCUCAGGGACCCAGGUCUGUAUGGGAUGCUGAGAGCAGGCGAGCGGGAUGAGAUUCAGAAACAGCGAAUGAGAGGAAGGCAGUUCUUAGUGGCAGCCAACAUGGUCCCUCAGGACUGGGUGGGGAGUAGUCCUCAAGGGACAAAAACAGAGCAGCGAGCCACCAACAAGCCAUCCAGUGGUCUCUACUGUUAUGAUGAUUAUAUAGACAGCUGGCACCCAUUGUGUCCCAUCCCACAGGAAGUCAUCUCCAAAGGCUGUGCCGUGUGCACUAUGGACAACUACUUAUUUGUAGCAGUGGGGGGCUGCCAGCAGGGCACAGACAGAGAGAUGAAACCUUCCAAGAGAGUGUUCUGCUACAACCCUGUAACGUCCAUUUGGAAAGAGAUCAGUCCUAUGAAUGAGUCCAGGCCCCACUGCAAACUGGCAGCCCUGCAGGGCUGCAUCUAUGCCAUCGGAGGGGAGUGUCUGUCUACCGUAGAGCGCUAUGACCCCCGCUCUGACAGAUGGACUUUUGUGGCCCCACUGCCCAAUGAUACAUUUGCUGUGGCCCAUCAUGUCACGGUGUGCAACGGGGAACUCUUUGUUCUAGGGGGAACACUGAGAUACACACUGUUGCGCUACAACCCAAAAACCAAUGUGUGGAGGAAAAGCGCAAUAACGGGAAGCAAAAUGAGGACCACCGAGAUAGUGGGCGUACGAAACUUUCUGUAUCGCUUCGAUGUCAACCCACAGCUAGGCAUCAGUGUGUACCGCUACCACACCGUGGCACGACUAUGGUACGAAUGCUGCACCAAACGCCUCGCCCACUGCCCUGCCUUUCAGUGUGUUGUUGUGGACGACACCAUCUACUGCAUAAGCCACCAGUUCACCAUGAGGUUCCUGGCUGAUGAGAUCUCUCCUAGCUUCGUAGCGGAUGAUUUGAGUGUCCUCUCUGCAGCUAAGGGCAUCCUUUUCCCCUUUGUACUCUCACUUCCUGAUAAGAAAGCUCUCCAGACAAGUGUGUGACCAGGAAUGAUUAUCCUCAGCACAGACAAGGACACAGCAGUGAGGGAGUAUCUCAUGUAUUUAUGCACCAAGGCUAUUUUCAUAGCUGAGAGUGUCCUACUGGGAAGCACAGCUGUCUUAAUCAGAGGCAAUGAAAGUAAAAUAUUAACGCCAUUAAUGGUAAUUAGACUACUGCUUGUUUAGAUUUAUUCAGGGUGUACUGCCAUAGAAACUCCAUGUUUUUGUGAAAGCUGCUUGUUCUUUUCAUUUCCAUCCUCCCUUGCACUACCGAGUUACUUCUAAAUCAUGCAAAUGUAAAAAUAAUGAAUAAACAAGUCUUAAGUUAAUUCACUCAACCAUAAUGCUUUGGAGUACUGGGUUGAUAUAAUAAUAAUCCAUCACAGUGGCAGCUGCGUAGGUUACAAACAUUACUCACACAGGACUGGACUCAAUACAAUUAUCCACAGUUGGUCUGUAAAUAUGACAUGCUGUAGAAGGUUGUGACAGAGCAUAAUGUACUGUAUGUGAGCUUCAAUAAACAAUAGUCAAUGCUACUUUUGAAUCUCUUCUAAGA